AGAGACUGAUCUAAACUAAAUGCAAGUAUCAAAAAAAAGUUAAUCUAAUUUAAGCUUAUUUAGAACAAUGAAACAAACAUUGUCUAAUUGAGAGGAAUAAUGCAAUCCAAUAGCAAUAAUCUUGGUUUAUAAAAUCUUGAAACGUAUCUAAAAAUUCUCUCUCUUUGGGCGACGGCGAUGGCGAAAGACUAGGGUUACGAUGUUUCGACAAGGAUGGGAUCCUGGGGAGCAAAUGGUCUCAGGGGAUAAAGGAAGAGUAGAUCUUCAUUAUGAUGAUGGAAUCGGAUCCGAAAUUGGCCAACGGAAGCAAAAGGAAGGUUUUUCAAUCAAAAAUCUUUUGGAUCUCCGAAGAAAGUUCAGGAAAUUUGGAAAGUUAGGUGGUCAAGGCAAAUAGAAUCGGAGAAAUCUUUGGUUUUAUUCCGGAUUGGAGAGUUUUCUUCAAUCUUCUUUCAAUCACUCGAUCUUGAUGGGACAAUUUAUUGAGAACUCGAGGAGUGUGGAAGGAAACAAUAAAAGGUUGAAGAUCUCGGUGCCUCAUUUUGACAACUCAGGCAUUGAUUCAAGGGUACGCAAAGACUUUGGUGGGCCGAUGUAUGAAUCCUGAUGAGCAAGACGUGAAGGCUUUGGUGGUUACUUUGCCGAAAAUUUGGAAAUUGGAAACCCGGGUCACGGGGACAGAUCUGGGUUUGGGAAGGUUUUAGUUUGACUUUGAGAAAGAUGAAGACAUUGAGGCCGUUCUGAGGAUGCAGCCUUUUCAUUUUGACUACUGGAUGCUCUCACUGGUCCGUUGGCAACCGAGGAAGGAGCGUAACUACCCUUCGGAGAUUACAUUUUGGGUUAAAGUCCUAGGUGAUCCUCUCGAAUUUUGGGCUGCUCAAACGUUCGAGAGCAUUGGUGAGGCUCUCGGGGAGUGGCGGGAAGUGGAUAUGGAUCAUGGGAGGAUCAAAGUGAAGCUUGAUGGCUACAAGGAGUUACGGUUUGAGAUCACUGUUGAUUUCAAGGGUGGAGAGUUUCAUGAUGGGGAAGAGGCUUUGAUUUCACUCAGGUAUGAGAAGCUGUUUGGCUACUGCCACAUCUGCUUUAGUCUUUGCCACAAGACGGAGUUGUGCCCGUUGAAUCCAAAGAGUUUGGAAAGAAAGAAAGAGAACAGAGAUGCGAUCUCGGGUAAACAGGAUGAUAGAGCAAGGAGCUAUAAGGGAGUGGUGAUAAAUGGCAACUCUGGUUAUCAGGAUAAGGAAAAGGAGCACAUAGACUAUGUCGGGAAGGGGAAGGGCAAGAUGUAUGAAGAGCCGGAAUCAAAAUGGGUUAAGGUACCUGAGAGAGAUAAUACAAGAACUUCUAACAAUCGAUAUAGUGGCACAGGGGAUGAAGGAGGCUCUCGCAACAGACAUCUCAACUGGGAAACAAUUAGAAAUCAUCAUCCAGAGGAACGUGGCAGAGCAUCUCGCGGUAUGAGGGGAGACAGAAGCCCGUCACGGAGUGUUCUUAAGGAGGCAAGUGAGGAAGGGGAGAUCAUCAGGAAGGACUUGAAGAGAGGACAUCAGGAGGAGAUCAUGACUGAAACAUUUCCGGCUCUGGUAGGCACUCUAAAGGUAUCUGUCGCUUCUGAGAAUGUGGAGAAAGCUGUAGCGUUAGUUAAUGAUACAGUGGGACAUGGGAAAUCAAAAGCUAGAUGAGGAUGUAAUGGAUUUUGAUGAACAUGGGGUUGACGUAGAGGGACAAGACGAGGUUCUCGGUGAUGCUGGAUGGGUUGAAGAAACUGAGGAAGGGAUCGAGGAAACUGAUACCUUUCCUGAGGAUCUGAAUGCGAUCACAUAGCUCGAAUCUCAGACAGAGGAGAUGGGAGAUAAGGCGCUCGCAGUUGGGGAGGGAUUGGGUGAUGGCACAAAGAAGAAGGGAGUUCGCAAGGCGCUGUUCAAGCAGACAAUCAUGAAUGGUGGGAAUCCUAAGAAGAAGUUUUUUCAGGCAGUCAUUUCAACCCGUAAGCAAGCUCCAGCUAAGGCAGGUACCCGUCAGGGCGGUGGCUCCAAGCACUCAGAGGAUAAGGGUCCCCCAAACCCUGAUCCCAGCUCUUCAAAACCUUAAGAAUUAUGAAUUGUCUACGCUUUGAAGAUCUGUGGUCCGAGUAUGUGGUUGGUCUUCGUGUGUUUCUUUUUUAUCGUUUAAUAAGAUCUUUGAGUAUCUAUUUGUGUUUCUCCUUUGAGUUUUAUUGCCAAUAUGUUGGCUUUUGUUUCAUUGCAAGUUGUUGUCUUAAGGCUAUUUGGAAUAAAACUGGUUUACUUGGUGUUUGCUUCUAUUGUGAAAUGGUUUAUUUGGGUAAGAA